ACUAGCAGAUUCUGCAGGUACCACAGCUCUGGAGCUCAGAAGGUACAGUCUAGGUUGUCAGAUGGGAUAUCAUCCUUGGGAAUGGCAGAAGCUUAUUAGAGGAGUGAAACUGCCCUCAUAAUAAUCCCUGUGCAUUAGGGGAAAAUAUUUGCGCAUAAUCAACACUGUUGAAUUAUCUCCGGAGAUUCUAUUAAAAGGCACAAAGCAUAACAGCCUUUGAAAUUAUAAAACUGAACAUUUGAGUCUAUCUAUUUAUUUAUUUAUCAAUGUUGAAGUAGUAUCAAUAAUGCGCAGUGGUUUUGUUUAUAAGUUUGUACUUUCAAUGAUUAGUAUUGCAUUAAAAGUAUCUCUCAGUAUUUAUGCGUUUCAGUACUCGAAAGCAAUUGCAUGUUGAGAGUUAUUUAGUCGAAUAUAAAAACCGGCCGAAAACCUGCAGACUGACGUAGUUUUACAAAGAUUAAACUACUCUCGCGAGGAUUCGCGAUGGCGUAUGCGAGCCAUGGCAAAUGAAAACAAAAAUGAUCAUGGUUUCGUUACGGUGUACAAUAGAACAAGUUCUGCAAAGCAAUUGCACCGCGAAUAUGAUGGUCUCCAGACUCGAAUUUUUAAAAUUAUUGUUAUCGGGGAUUCGAAUGUAGGGAAAACGUGUUUAAGUUAUAGAUUUUGCGGGGGCCGUUUUCUUAAAAACCCUGAAGCUACAAUCGGAGUGGAUUUCAGAGAAAGGACUGUGGACAUUGAUGGCGAAAACAUCAAGCUGCAGAUAUGGGACACAGCAGGCCAGGAGCGUUUCCGCAAAAGCAUGGUGGAGCACUACUAUCGCAACGUCCACGCCAUCAUCUUCGUGUACGACAUCACCAAGCUCUCCUCCUUUGAGAGCUUGCCGGAGUGGAUCGAGGAGUGUGGCCGCCACUCCGUCCCUCCCAUGGUGCCCCGGAUCCUGGUGGGCAACAAGUGCGACCUGAAGGGCAGGGGGGAAGUGUCCACCACGCUGGCCCAACGAAUGGCCGAUGGUUACAACUUUCCCCUCUUCGAGACGUCCGCCAAGGACCCGGCGGAGAAGGAGCACGUGGAUGCCAUUUUCUUGACCCUGGCAUACAAGCUGAAGAACCACAAGCCUCUCAGGCUGAGGCAACCUGUUGAAUGCAGGCCAAUGGCUCUGUCUGAAGAGCAGGAGCUGGAGAGAACCUGUCUGUGUUGACACUACAGUCGCUAUUUUUCAAAUGUUAACUGACAUUUUUUUAAAUGGGGCCAGAUAUUUGCACUGUAGCAUAGCCUAGUUUGUGUAUAGACCCCUUUUCCAUCGUGUGUUGAGGCAUUGCGGGUCAGUUAUAAUGGCCAAGAGUUUGUUUUGGUUCAGAUCACUCAAAUCAAUGGGUAAAGUUUCUAAGAAAGCUGUAUUAGAGGUAUAGACAUUUCAAACUAUUGUGGCUGUGAAAUGAAUUGAAAAGAAUCCUGCUGCGUGGUUACAUCCUGGUCAUGGGACACUUGUUUUUGGGAGUUGGUUUCUUAUGUCCAAUGUGUGUUUGGGACCUUGUGAUUUCCAAUUAUCCUUUUUACCCCCCAUCAUAUCAUAUAGGAAUGCAGUACUGUAUCUCAGUUCACAACAGCUCAACCAUGCAGUGGAAAAAUUAUAUUUAAAAAUGUUUGGGUGUUAGUCCUUUUCACAAUGUUGUAAAAUGUUGAAUUUGAAUGUAGCAGCCUUAAAAUACUUUAAAGAGAAAUGCCUUUAUCACAAUUAGCAUUGCUGAGAUUUACUGUAUUUAUGUUUGAAUUUUUUUUUUUUCUGGUAUGACGUAAUAGAGGUAACCAAUGAGGGUUCCUGAAUGAGUGAAAGGGAUCUGUAGCUGAAUAUUUUAUAAUGGAUAUUGUCUUAGCAUGGUUUCCAUACAAUCCAGUAAUAAAAAUGCAAUAAUGCAAAUGUUGCUGCUAACUAGCCUGAAAAUAUUUAAUAAUUAUCCAGAGCAUUACAUAAGAAAAUGUGUCAAUUCUGAACAUAUUUACUGAGAAAUUGAUCAUGAAAAGUGAAUUGUUUUUAAAACUGCCACCUCAAUGCUAAGCAAUUUAUUAUUGGGUUAAACAAUAAGCGUUUGAUUAAUGACAAUAUAAAAAAAAAAUUAAAUGCUUGAGGUUGUAGUGAAGAUAAAAUAACUUUGGGGCACAUUUUGAAUUACAAUUUGAAUCCACAAUCAUUUUACCAUCAAUGCAUUACUGUACCAUAAAGAUGAAUGGAAAAUAUACCUAUAUUCAAAAUUGCUGUCAUCUUAAAUAAAAUAGGCCUAAAUUAUUCUCUGGAACAUACAUGUAAAAAAUAUACAGUAACAAAGUUGUACCAAUCUUUUUUUAUUGAACUAUACAAUGUUUGCAUAUUUACUGGUAUCUGUCACCCAUAUGUUUACACUAGAUUAUGUAAUUGGUACAUUUUGCAUGAAGGACGGGAAAUAAAUACAUUGAAGCAUUAUUCUGAAUUA